AUGGCACACAAUUCACACAACUACGGCUGGCAAGGCCGGACGUCGCAGCCUUUCCAUCCUCCUUCAAUGGCCAUGGAUCAGCAACCGUUUUCGCAACCUCCCAUUUCAUCUGUACCAGGAUAUCACGUUGGAUACAACCAACAUCCUCCCAGCACGCAGAGCUACUACCAGCCUAGUGCUCCCGCUCCUCAGUAUCUCUCUUCGCACCCAUCUAUGCCUCAAAGUCGGCAUCACGCUCGCAGUCCCUCAUCCUACCUCCUCAACCAACCCGACUACUAUCUCGCCCAGAACUCCUCCUUCUCCUCAAACCCAAGCUCCCUUGGCGUCAACCCUCCAGGCCAAAGCCUAAUCAACCCAGGAACAGUGUACUCGUCAACCGAAUCAACACCUCCCGCCGGCUCAUCAGAUCCCGAACAACAAGUGCGAGUUAUCAGCUUUCGACCCAAGCCCCAAUGCUGGGACCAUGGCUGCAACGGCCGCGAAUUCUCCACCUUCAGCAACCUUCUCCGUCACCAGCGCGAGAAAUCCGGCGUCGUCGCAAAGGCCGAAUGUCCUAGUUGUGGCGCAGUGUUUACUCGAACAACGGCUCGCAAUAUCCACGUGGCCCAGGGCAAAUGCAAAGGCGGAGGCCGCGAAACAUCUAUCGAGUAG